CUCCUAGUACCUGGUAAAAUAAUAUAUAUAUAGAAGAUAGAAUACUUCAAUUUUAUAAACUAGGACUUGGGCAAAAGUUAAUGGACCAUAAAAGUAGAUGUUAUCUUUUUGAUACUUUUUGGGAAUCUAAUUAGAAAAUGAGUAAAAUAAAUGUAGAUGUAGACUGCACCAGGCGGUGUAGGUCUAAAAGCCAUGGACAAGCUCUGACAAGUGCCAUAACUAAGAGAUCUGUAAAUGAUGAAUCCUUAGCAAGCUUUAUUAAGGCAACUUGUGCUAAUUUCACAAAGGCUUUUGAUUUUGAGGGACGCACUGCAUUGCAUAUGACAGCUUCACGAGGGAGAAACAAGCUUAUGGAAUGGCUAUUCCGACACUCCAUGGAGGCAUUUGCGAAUGCACGCGAUCGCGAGUCCGGAUACACACCAUUACAUAGAUCUAUUUUCUAUGGCCAGAUACAUUCGACAGUUGCUCUGAUGAAACUAGGUGUAAACACAGAUAUAGUUGAUAAAGAUGACUAUACUGCGUUAGAACAUGCGAUGCUUGACCGCCAUUACAUGUACAAGCACAUUGGUGACCAGCCCAGUGAUGUAUAUGUGUGGGGAACAAACUCAAACUACACCCUGGGCACGGGUACGCAACAGCAACGUAAUUCACCCGAUCUACUCACGUCUUUUAGCAGAACUAACAACUCAGUUAAACAGGUGUGCCUGGGCAAGUUCCACAGCGUGUGGGUGUGCGAGGCGGGCGGUGGAGAGGCGUGGUGUGCGGGGCAGACGGCGCGCGCAGGCGGCCCGCCCAGCACCGCGCUGCGCCCCGCCCACCUGCGUCUACCGGAGCCCUGCCUCGCUGCUGCUAUUACUCUCACCUCCACCGUCUUCCUGCUGCAGAGCGGUGCGGUAGUCCAAUACGGACUCAACUCAACAGACAAUAUAAGUUCGUCUACCGCAAAAACGCCAACAGUCAUAAAAUUGGGUUCAACUAAACCACUGUUGAAGUUAGCCGAUCCGCUGGGAGUUUGUGCGGGCAGACUGCACGCGGUAGCUUGGAACCCCCGUGCAGUGUACACGUGGGGCACCAACCUGGGACAGCUGGGUCAUCCUCAAGAGGAUAAAGUAGUCCCAGCUCCGAAACGAGUAGCCGUUUCUAUUAAUACAAAAGAUCAGACGGAAAUUCAAUUGGUAGCCACUUCGGAUGCUGCUACAGUAUUUACUACAAGUCGGGGCGAUGUUUACCUUUUGCAUAAGUAUUUGUGCAAGAAAAUUGUAAUCAAACAUAUAAACUUACGUCAAGUAUGCGUAGAAAGUAAAGUGAGCGAGCAAGGAGUUUACUCGCGAGUCACAGUUUUGUUGCUCACGAAUGUUGGACAAUUGCAUAUCUGGCAAGAUACAACCAACCGUCUUACAAGAUGUGUUUUUGGUCUGAAUCAUCAAACUUUAAUAUCCCACGUGGCUUUAACACAUGAUGCGCUCUACUUUAUAACAAAGUAUGGAGAAGCGUAUGUCGGUAGUAUGUCUAGAAAAACAAAUCCAGUCGUACAAUCCACGAAGAAAGAAAAGGACAACAAUAAAUCUGCAUUAGUUAAGUUCUUAGAAAAGGACGACUGUACUUCUGUAAGGAUUGUUAAAAUACCAAAUAUACAUCGGGCGGUGGCUAUUUCAGUUGACAAUGAAGGAUUAAAUUUCGCUUGUUUGCAAAUAAAACCAACUUGUGGUCUAACAUCUCUGCCGGAACUUUCUCCGUCCAGUAUAACUAAACAUAUGGCAUCUCUAUUAGAAACAGCAACUGAAGAUGAUAUUUUACAUGAUGUCAUAUUUAAGGUGAACAACAAAUUGUACCCGGCUCAUAUAUUCAUAGUGGCAUCCAGUAGUGAAUAUUUAUACAAAAUGUAUCAGGAAUCACGCACAAAUACAGAUGAUAAGCCUAUAGUAUGUCUAGAUAAUGUACAUCCGGAGGUAUUUGAAAGGAUAUUGAGGUAUAUGUAUACUGGAAGUUGUGACGUCACAGAAUUAGGACCCUGUAGCCUAAAGAUAAGAAAGGAAGAUCUAAAUGCUGUUAUUAAGAAGGAAAAAAACGAGAUCGAUAUUGAAAUUGAUGCUGUUGAAAAUCCAAUGGAAGUGACCGCAUUCGAAGUAUACAAGGGUCAGAAUAACAAACGUAGUAAUAAAAACCGUCGCAACACCGACACUCCUCCGCGCAGCAUUCACUGCGACCCUGUCAAACUCGUGCAAGCUAGUGCAAAACGCCUUAAAGUUAUGGGAUUACAUAAACUGCUUGAUAAAUACUAUUACAGGGAUGGCACUAUAUAUCUUAAAGAAAGUGCAACAUAUACAAAGAAUAGUCCACCUCCACUCGACCGCGAGUCUUUCCCAGAACUGGUGGACACUAAUGUUGGCUGCAAAGACGGCUCACUCAUACCCGCACACAAGUGUGUGCUGGCAGCCCGCCUGGAGUACUUCAAUGGAAUGUUCAUGCAUUCCUGGACAGAGAGCAAAGUGAUGUCGACGGUGACUCUACCAAUAAACUAUGGCAUUCUAUUGCCAGUUAUUAACUUCCUCUACACUGAUUCUUGUCCGGAAAUUGAAAAUUCAGAGAGCAUUGAUUUUAUUUGCAGUAUGCUUAUAGUAGCGGACCAACUGUUUAUAACUCGACUUAGAGAAAUGUGUGAAGUAACAUUAGCAAGUUUGAUUACAUUGAAAAACUGCGCCGAACUCUGCCAGUUCGCUCACACAUACAACGCCACACAACUCAAACAAUGUUGUAUGGAAUUUAUUGGCCUUAACAUAUGCAAUAUACUAGAAAAUCGUUCGCUUGAUUUGUUAGAGGAUACUCUAUUAGAAGAUAUAUCAAAUUAUUACUGCAAAUUUAAUCCCAUAAUGUCAUCUCGAGUCAUCACACCUUUUUUCAACAGUCCCAAUGAUGAUGUUAUUGACGAAUUCGCAAAGAAUUCACCCGUCGAUCUUAGUGUUAUAGAUGAGGAUUUGAAGAAAGAUGACAGCAUUUUAGAGGUCAAUAAGAGAAAAACUAAACAAUCUAAGAAAGUUGAAUAUACAGAGAGUGAGAAAGCUAGAAUGAGAUACGAGUCUGUGAGCUCCGUAACAUCUCUGGACCUCUCCUACGAUACCUCAGGAGAUGUGACUCUGUCUUUAAAUUCUAUUGCGAAAGAAAACGAGACAAAGAAAAUUGAGAAAAAGGACAAAUGGAUAGAAGUGCCAUCUGCCCAACAAAAGCAGCAAAAGGUCAUACAAGCGAGACUCAAAGCAAUCACAACCGCUAAAGAAAUUCUCAAUGAAACUCCAACUGAGUCAUUUAUAAAGCUGACUAAGAGUAACUCUUCGAAUGCCAUGAAUUCAAGCAAAGACAAUCAUGGCCCUGGUACUUCUCGUAUGUCCGAAUCUCCUAAGGAAUCAACAUUCUCAGAGUCAAAUUGGGGUCCACAAUGUAACUUAGUUGUUAAUCAUAUUGGACCAAAACUCUCUCAAAAGCAAAGGAAGAAAUUGGCCAUGCAAGGGAAUGAUGUAGCAACACCACAAAACUUGGAUAGCUACUUAUCUAAUAAAUUAAAUUUAGGAAGUCCACCGGACAAGCCAAGAAAUCCAUGGAAAAUUUGUGAGGCUCCCAUAGCCAGUAGUAGCCCAAAAGCUAAAGGGAUAGAGUUCAAUCAGAUUUUGGCUGACCAAAAGAAGCAGAAAGAUGACUUCUCUAGAAUCAUGACAAAGCCUUUGGCACUAACACAGCUUGAAGAUAAAGCAAUUGAGGAAUUGGAGAGAUUUUACAAUGUGCAUGAAAUAGAUGAUGAAUUGAUAACGGUGCGCCGCAUCGAGCUUCAAGUGUCCUCACCACAAUGGAUUCACACUGCCCCAAAGUGAUAAUUAUGUGCUAUUUUAAAAUUAUACAUUUACAUUACAAUUUGACAUAUUGAUAUUUUAACAUAAUUAUAAUAAA